GUUCGGUCACAUAAUUUCUCAAUUUGCAGUAAAUCAGCCAAUCAGAUGUGCAGACAGACUUAUUAGCCACUCCUUUUUCCCCAUCUUUCAACCAUACAAUUUUUCAAUUGCUCAUCAAUCCAUGGAACCUUAAUAGUUCUUACAGGUGCAUGUUUAUCUAUAAUUGGAAGAAACAAUUUAAUAAAUUAAUCAAGUGCAGCAUCUGGAUGUUUGUUAUUAAUCACAUCAGACCAGCAAAUAUUUUUAACAUAAUCCACGAGUCACAGCAAAAAUAUUUUGUAUGAUCUCUUAUACAAUAUUUUAGGCCCAGCUUUUCGAGCUUUGGCUAUCCUAGAUUUAGCCACUAUUUUGUGUUCACUGCAUCCAAUGCUUACGGAUACAGCUUUAGAACAACGUUCUACAGUAUUAGCAAAAAUGUGAUCAAUACAUGUGGAUGAUCUUGUUCCUGUAGUGUUUGUAAACACCCUGGUAGAUUGUUUUAUAACCUGAACCAGAUUACAGGUACUGGGGCCUGUUGCACAAAAGUAGAAUUAAGACACCCGGGAUAAAUGACUCAGCUGAGCUCAAUGAAGCCAAAACAUGUGCGUCCAGGCUUAAUUGGUUGCACAAAGACCAAGCCAGGAUGAGCAGACACGGAUUCAUUAAACCAGGUGAAACCAAUCCUGGAUAGGUGCGCGCUCACGGCUCACUCAAAUAGACCCCGCCACAGAUCACAGAUUAACUGAUUUACCAUGGCAACUAGAGCCGCGUACUUUUCCCCGUCGGAAGCACAAAUCCUCAUGGAGGCAUACGAGGAGGUAAAAGAUAUAAUUAAGAAGAAAGGCAACACCGCCACAGUGAUAAAGCAAAGAGAAAAAGCGUGGCAAAGUAUUGCAGACCGCCUGAAUGCGUAAAUAGUGCACAAUUACACACUCACCGCUCCGCUGAAACAUCACAAUUACAAUUCAAAUAUUUAAUUCACAUCUCCAAAAAUGCAGUUGUACUGUAAUUAUGAAACGGUUAAAUUUUUAAUUGAAAUGCACUGCAGAUAUGAGUGAAAUUGUGUAAAGUAACUCCAUCACACUGUAUAAAGCUAUGAUAAAUUUUUUGAUAUUUUUACUGAAAACAAGACAAAAAUACCAAGUAAUUUUUUUGCAGUGUGACUCCAUUAAAUGUGUGUGUGUGUGUGUGUGUGUGUGUGUAGAUUAAACAUGAACGGGUCAAAACGGACAUGGCAGCAGGUCAAAAUCAAAUACAAGAACAUUCUGCAGAAUGCAGUGAAAAAGAAUACCCACAGACAAGGCACGGGUGGUGGGUCACCAAAGGCUGACCUUACCCCAGCAGAGGACAUGGCCUUGGAGCUAAAUAAAGGCAGGCCCGUCUUAGAGGGGAUCCCUGGGGGGAAAGAGACGAGCAUAGGUUCCUCCCAAGAUGCCACCCGCUUCAUUCAAGUGCCUGGCAGCACUGUGUUCCUGUUAGAGCCACCAGCACAAGCACCAGACGAUGCUGAUCCAGGUGAAGGCCCCAGUGCAGCAGCAACAGCACAUGAUGGAGACGAUGAUGAGGAGGAGACCAUCUCUCUGGAUUCCAGAAGGCAUGAGGACCCAGAUGCUAUACAGUGGGAAAACCAGCCUGGCAACAUAAGCUCACAAGCUAUCAGAAAGUUGUAUGGCAACCACCUCCGGCGCCAAAUAGAACUGGCAGACAUAGACAUUCAGUACAAGAAGAAAAAGAUGGAAAAUCUUGCACUGGAGUCCGAAAUAAAAAAGAGGACAAUUAGGAAACUGGACCUUGAAAUAAAAAAACUUGAGGGAGCUCCAAGAAGAUGACACAGCUCAAAAUAAAAAUUAGCAAUCAGUACAACCAAGUCAUCGUUAUAAGGCAUCGCCCUCUUUUGCCCACCCCCCAGCACCAGGUGUGGCCACUAGCCUAUAUGAAGGCCCAAAAUUGUGUGUUCCUUUCUGCUCUGACAAUGGCAUGCCCAUUCGUGCGAGAUGUGGUGGAUGAAGAAGCACUUGUGCUGAGGAGAGCCUUCAGGCGAGAAAGGGUCUUCAGGGACCGGUUGGACCCACUGGCCUUCCCUGAUGACCAUCUAUAUGAAAGAUACAGGUUUUCUGCAGAUGGCAUCAGGUAUCUAUGCAGACUACUGGGUCCCAGGAUUAAGCACCGCACUGCACGGAGCCAUGCACUGAGUGUGGAGCAAAUGGUUUGUGUGGCCUUGCGCUUUUUUGCUAGUGGAGCCUUCCUGUACUCAGUGGGGAUGCAGAACAGCUGAACAAGGCCACAAUUUGCCGCACAAUAAGGAGUGUGUGUCUGGCUAUCAAAGCAUUAGCAGAUGUCUUCAUCUCCUUCCCUGGCCACAGAAGACUCUGUGACAUCAAAGAGGAGUUCUAUAGGAUUGCAGAUGGUCUGCAAUGCUGACUGUGUGAUCAGCAAUGUUGUGGCAAAAUGGCCUGGCUCAGUCCAUGACUCCAGAAUCUUUCGGGCCUCUGAAAUCUAUCAGUGCCUAUCACAAGGUGAAUUCUCUGGUGUGUUGCUGGGAGACAGGGGUAUGGCUGCCAGCCUUUUCUCCUGACACCUUUCACAGACCCCCAGGAAGCACAGCAGGCCUACAACCAUGCCCAUGCCAGGACCAGGGCCAGAGUUGAAAUGACCUUUGGCCUCCUGAAGGCACGCUUUCACUGCCUUCACAAAUUAAGGGUCAGCCCUGUUAGGGCAUGUGAUAUUACUGUGGCUUGUGCUGUCCUCUACAAUGUGGCCUGCCUGAGGAAGGAGAGGGCCCCCAGAGUGCCACCAGCCAUGGACUGGGACAAUCCGGCAAUCUUCCCUGAUGACGACAGUGGUCGGCUGCUGAGGGACCAAUAUGUGUUGAAUUAUUUUAGUUAGUAUGUGUGCUUUCAAUUUUGGUUAAAUAUGUCCUGCGGUGGCAGAGGAAUUUGGUUUUUUUGGGUUCGUUUUUGACGAAUUUGGCCUCUUAUGAUGUUUGUGCGGUAUACUGUGUGUAAUACAAGGCUGCAGGGAGGCUACUGCAUCCAUUCAUUUGUCUGUUCAGUUGAUGUGUAUGGAUUUGUCCUGCAUUUAUUUUAGUGUGCAGACAUGCAGGGUGUGUUAUAUACAGACCUUUGAAUGUGUAUGUAUCAUUUUGUAUAAUAUGCUUGGAUUCUGUGCUUUCCAUCUUGUAGAGUCACUGUGACUUCAGUUUCGAAAGGAGCUGAUGGUUUACCUGCUUUGUUUUGUCCUUAUUCAAUAAAGGAACAUAAUGUUACACAUUGUGUUUUUAUAUUCAUAUGGAAUGUGUAUUUGUUUAUAUGACAGCGUACUAGGGCCACACUGAAGAAAAAGGAUAAAGUCAUAAAUUUAUGAGGCUGGUUCUUUCUGCAGAAAAGCUACAUAUUGUUUUGAUACUUAUGACAAUGUGAUACUUAAUAUUCUGGCACAUCAGCAUGUCUUUGUUUAUGAAACCAUACUGAAGUACAAUUUCACGAAAUGCCCAACAUCUGUCAUUUUAACAACUGUCCUCCUUUAAAACAACUGGUUACAAUA